AUGGCCUUGCCAUUCAUGAAACCUCGUAUCCCAAUAUCGCCAUCUACUUCAGCCCGCCGCCUGGAUCUGAGUUUCCUCAGGCAAACCACGUUCUGGAUGCUGCAAAUGGGGAAUAUUAUCCAGAGUUUUGGAUAUUUCUUGCCAACGACAUUCCUCCCUUCCUUUUCGACAAGGACAGUUGGACUAUCCCAAAAUACCGGUACAUUGCUGGUCUCGUUAUUCAACGCAACAGCUGUCAUUGGUGGGAUAGGUCUGGGAGUACUGUGUGACCGGUUUUCUGUUACAAACAUCAUGCUGCUAUCUUCAGUUGGCUCGGCGUUAUCAGUGCUUCUAUUCUGGGGCAUGGUAUCAUCAGCAGGCUCAGGGUCGCCACAGACAGCCGUUGCCCUUCUGACUAUCUUCUCCAUCACAUAUGGCUUCUUCGCCGGUGGAUUCAGCUCCACCUGGUCUGGAGUCAUUACCCAGAUCAAGCGUGAUUCCUCUUCGCCAUACAUGGACACUGGACUUAUCUUUGGUCUUCUUGCUGGUGGACGAGGGAUUGGAAAUGUGAUUAGUGGACCGCUCAGUACGGUGCUGCUUCAGUCGGGGUCUUUGGGGGAUACCAAUGGUCUGGGUGGCAAUACUGGUUAUGAAACACAGUAUGGGACGUUGAUUCUUUUCACUGGUAUCACUGCCUUUUUCGGUGCUUGGAGCUGGAUGUGGCGAUAUAUCAGCCCGGCACUGCGGUGUCUACAUUGA